ACAGUACUUGACUAAUCAGUGUUGAUAAUUUUGUGUGCAAUAUGCAUAUUUUAUUAGAAAAUCAUUUAGAUGAAACAUCUUUCACUGAGUAAGAUGCAUGAAACUAAAUAUUAGUUUGAUUCUAAAGCAGAGUUUGCACUUAGUAUUUGUUAAAUAUAUUUUUCACUAUGAAAUACUCAUACUGAAACAUGAAUAGUUAAUUCGUAUUGAUUUCAUAUAGUCACCACAAUGGGUUUAGGUACAAGAGGCUCACGAUUUGGAUCAACUGAAGUAAUUCAGAUCCAUCUCUUCCUUGGAUUCUUGAUUAGACUUCUAUUUAUUGUGUAUGGUGAACAUCAUGAUAAAACAAAUACACUUAAGUACACAGAUAUUGAUUACCAUGUUUUUACUGAUGCUUCACGUGAAAUAGCUGCAGGGGGAUCUCCUUUUGAUCGCCAUACAUAUCGCUAUACCCCUUUUCUUGCUUGGAUCCUCAUGCCUAAUGUAUAUAUUAAUUUUACAUUUGGAAAAUUGUUAUUCUCUGCUUUAGACUGUGUUGCUGCAAAACUAAUCUAUGAAUUACUUAUACAGGAUGGACAAAGCAAAUUAACUGCUCUCAAGUGUUCCUUCAUAUGGUUAUACAACCCACUGGUGAUUGGGGUAUCCACAAGAGGGAGUGCCGAGGCCAUCAUGGCAGUUUUAGUGUUACUUACUCUUUAUAUGAUGAAAUUACGACUCUACCUUCUUGCUGGGCUAUUCCUAGGUAUGUCUGUUCAUGUCAAACUGUAUCCACUUAUCUAUAGUCUUCCACUAUACUUGUCAUUAACUAGUGACUUUCAUCAGCAUUGGGGUUGGAGACGAUUAAUGCCAACCUACUCAAAAAUGAGAUUAGUGGUAGGUUCUUUAACUUCUUUUUUUGGUCUGACAGGAUUAGGUAUUGCAAUGUAUGGAGAACAGUAUAUUGAGGAAGCCUUUUUAUAUCAUCUUACACGUACAGACACUAGGCACAAUUUUUCUAUUUACUUCUACCUUCUAUACAUUGGUGCAGAUUUUCAUAUUCCAGGGUUAAGUGUUGCCACUUUUGGGCCUCAAAUAAUUCUGCUGUUUGCACUUGGAUAUAAAUUUGGUAACUGUGCAGAUGUUCCUUUUGCAAUGUUUACACAGACUGUAGUUUUUGUUACCUUUAACAAAGUAGUAACAUCACAGUAUUUCUUGUGGUACAUUCUUCUCUUACCCAUUAUAGUACCACGAUUGAAACUUACUUGGCAGAAAGCUACAUUAUUGUGUGUGUUAUGGGUUGCAGCUCAAGCAUCUUGGCUACUUCCAGCUUAUUUGUUGGAAUUUCAUGCUAUUAAUGCUUUUGUACCCAUAUGGUUAGAAGGCAUAGCUUUUUUCUGCUGCAAUGUAGGGGUGCUGAUGGCACUUAUCUCAAGCUACACAACACGCAUAACCAGCCAUCACCAUAGCUCUCGUAAAAAUCGGUAAUUCUUAGAAUAUUGUACUACUUUUAAAACCGCUGUGGUAUAGGUUAAACUGCAGUAUAUACAGUACAUAUUUAAAUUUCAAGCUUCAGAGUAGCUUCUGUGAAGUUUCUGCUAAAGAGCACAAAUACUGUAUAUGAAUUAUUAUAAUUGGGGGAAAAUACUAAACCCGUAGGGGUCAUACGGCACCUGAGGAGGUUAUUAUUAUUCAAAGACAUGCAAUCAGCCUGUGUGCACCAUAUUGAAAUGGGAUGCAAUUCAGGUUCAGUUCAAAGAAGGGAAGCCCUUGUGGUUUAGUGCUUCUUUUUGAUAAUAAUAAUCAAAGAAGGGAAGGAUGGCUCAGUUCCUUGAAUUAAGAGCCCUUAACCAACAGUUGAGGGGCUCACCUGAUUGCUGGUGUGAGAAUACUGCAUAAUUUAAUGAAUACAUGCUAAUGUGAGCUGUUUCAUUACUUUUGCAAGAGCCCCUUUUUAUUUCUGUGAAAUUUGUAACAUAAUUCAGACUGUCAAACAUCUCUUAGUGGUUUAUUAAUAAUAUUUUCAGGGAGCAAGGGGCUAGUAACCUCUUCUCCUGUAUAAAUUACUAAAUUUAAAAAGAAACUUUUGUUUUUCUUUUUGGGCCACCCUGCUUCGGUGGGAUAUGGCCGGUUGUUGAAAGAAGAGAUUAUUAUUAUUAUCAGUUCAAGUGCUAAACCUGUAAGGGUAAUACAGUGCUGCUCAGCUUCAAGAAAAGUCCCACAGGAUCUGAGAGUAUUCAGAUUCAAGUUUUUAUUUCUUUGCACAGUAUAAAGUGUGAGAUUUACAAGUUAUUAAUUAUUGUUCAGCACAAAGAAAGCAACUAGCAUGCCUGAGCAUUUUGGACAGAUUCUUACACUAUGUAUAAUAAUUCCUAAUGGUAAAAAGGGAUGAAAAUUUAAUGUUAAUAUCUUUAUUGCCUUUCCUUGAUACUGUUGAGGACUCUAGGUCCUGACCUCCCAUUACCCCCAAUCCCAGUGUGUUUAGUGGAUCCCCUGAAUAUAAUAUCACAGUGCCUGCACUCUGAAGGAGAGGUGGGGAUGUUGCAUUAGGAGAGUAAUCCAAAUUGUGAUGUCAGCACAUUCUGGCAAGACAGCAGUUGAAUUAAUGAUGAACACAUUUUCUUUGUAAAGGUCUUGGUGGGAAAUGACCAUUGAGGUAAAAAAAAAAAAAAAAAAAAAAAAAAAAAAUUGGUAGCAAAAUCACAGAAUUUUGCAUUUUUUUUUUUAAAGUUUAAAAUGCACCAAAUAAUAACAGUAGGUCCUAGAGCAUUUUGCUUCAUGCAGAUCAAUCAACGUUUUAUUUUUAUGUAAUGUGGUAAUUCCUUGUGGGUCAUUAAAUGUCAUAUGGUAAAAGGGUAAAUCAUUUGAGUGAUAAAUUGCAUUUGUAGACACCAGCCAUCCAAGGAGGAACUAUUGUACUCUUAAUAUGCUUGUGAAAUGCUAGCCUGUUAAAUGUUUUGCACUCUUCUGGAAUUGUUGGUCUUUUCUAUCUCAUGAAUAUGCAAGAUGACAUAAAUCUUACCUCUACAUUCGGUAUAUACUUUGCUUUCAUGUAUUUCUUAUAUUUAGUCUUGUAAUAUAUCCUUUUUCAAUUAAGGAAUGAGGCCAUUAACAGAUAUAAUGUGCUGUUAUUCUUAAGUCCUCAUUAUACGAAGGUAAAAUAUAUGUACUACAUGUAUAUGAUUUUGUAUAUCGUUUGUUAGUUUCCCUCGAUCAGAUGGACAGCUACUUGAUUCACAAAAUCUUUAGUGACUUUUUAUAUUCAUUAAAGACUAUUAUAUUAAUGGGGAAUUUCUAAACUCACUGGGGUCAUAGUUCCUAGGAGAAUGGAGGCAAUCAGGUUUGAUCUAAAGAUAUGUAAGUUAUCUAAAUUCUUUGGAUCAAGAGCUCAUCACACAUGAAGAGACCUUAAUUUGAAAGGUAUAACCAAGUGCAACAGUUUUGUAGAAUAAUGUAAUGAUGUGUGCUGCAAUUUUAAUCAAGUGGUUGGUACUCAGAUUAACUGUCUCCUCAAAAAAGAUGCCUUGAUGCUGAUGAGGAGCUCUUGAUCCGAGGAGCUGGGCUUAAUGCCUUCCUUCCUUGGGUUGAACCUGAAUGCCUCUCAUUUCUUAGGCACUAUAAGACCCCCUAUGGGUUUUAAGGCUUUGCCUGAUCAAAAUAUAAUUUACUUCUGUAUUUCAGCUAAUGUUGGCACCAUUGUACAUUUUACUUGGCAGUAUUAUUAUUAUAAUCAAAACCAAGUGUUACAUUAUUAUAAUCAAAACCAAGUGCUAAACCCACGAGGGUCUCCAGGGUCAUACAGCGCUGCUUCUUGGCAGUAAAAUAAAUUUUUCUGCCUUAGUAAAGAUUUUUUUUUUUCAACAAACCGGCCAUAUCCCACCGAGGCAGGGUGGCCCAAAAAGAAAAACAAAAGUUUCUCUUUUUAAAUUUAGUAAUGUAUACAGGAGAAGGGGUUACUAGCUCCUUGCUCCCGGCAUUUUAGUCGCCUCUUACAACACGCAUGGCUUACGGAGGAAGAAUUCUGUUCCACUUCCCCAUGGAGAUAAGAGGAAAUAAACAAGAAUAAGAACUAGAAAGAAAAUAGAACAAAACCCAGAGCAGUGUGUGUGUAUAUAUAUGCUUGUACAUGUAUGUGUAGUGUGACCUAAGUGUAAGUAGAAGUAGCAAGACGUACCUGAAAUCUUGCAUAUUUUUGAGACAGACAAAAGACACCAGCAAUCCUACCAUCAUGUAAAACAAUUACAGGCUUGUUUUACACUCACUUGGCAGGAUGGUAGUACCUCCCUGGGUGGUUACUGUCUACCAACCUACUACCUAUACUUAGUAAAGAUGUCUGUUUUUAUUAAAAUAAAACUCCCAUUUGUUUAAUUAGAGACCCUUUUGGGUUUACCAUUUAACUUUUCUAGUUACAUGUAUUUAAUUGCUUAAGUUGCAGUUCCUAUUGCAGUGCUGUAUGACCCUGUUGGUUUAGUGCUUAAGUUUUGAUUAUAAUGUAGUUAUUGGGGAAGCAUACUGCCCAGGGAGUAGAAAGGUUCAAUAGUGUAACUAAUAUAAACUGCUGUAUUUGCAUAUUGUAAUGUGUAUUUAUACCUCUCAACAUUUAGACAAAAUGCUGAUUGUACAUUUAUAAGUAGUAAAAUGUAGGCUAUCAGUUAUAUUUACAGCUGUACAAUAUACAGCAUCAGUGGAACUUUGACUGUAAAUAAAGAAUAACACCUUUGAA